AUGGCACCACGCCCCUCCAUCACCGGCUUCGACCCCAAGAAGUUCGCCGCCGCAUCUGCCAACGGCACAAAGGGCGACCCCUGGGCGCGAUAUGAGCAAUGGCGAUACACCGGUCCCUUCACCCGCUUCAACCGUUUCAAGGGCUCCUUCCCUGGCCUCGGCAUAGCGACCGUUGCCUUUGCCGGAUACGUUGUUGCUGAGCAGCUCUUCUUCCAGGACAAGGGACAUCACGAUGACCACGCAUAA